AUGCUCGGAUGCAUACCUGUAAUACGACCACAAGAUGUUCAAAGGAUUAAUGGAGUUGGUAUGGUAACGGUAAUUGAAGAUGGAAUGAUGGUUACAGGUGAAGAGCUUGGAAAACAAGUUCAAGUCGGUGAUAUGCUAUACGUGGAAUUUGAAGGUCCUGAUAAUAAAGACAUAUUGAAAGAAGCUUGCGGGGCUGUCGAGGAAAUUAUUGAUGACAAUAAAGUUCGCAUAAAGAAACCAGGAAUGAGAUGGUUAACUAAAGGGAGACGUAAAGGUCAACUUAGACGCCUCGUCGACUAUGGUAGCUUUAAGAUCCGUGUAGAACGUGGAAGCACCUUAAAAACCUUGGAAAAUCUCAAUUUACCAAAGUCUUUGAGCAGUUCUUUAAGCAAAAGUUUUGAAAGGUUAUCAUCUUCACCUGGGGUUCUGCCACCGCAAAUUCAUGAUAAAAUUCCUGAGGAACAGUCUGAGGAAACCACAAAUCAUCCACCUAACUCUUCUGGAUCCGGAGCAUCUGAAUGUACACCUUUGCUUGCUGAGGGUUCCUCAAAUCAAUCUAAUCGAUCUACCACAACACGAUCCAUUCUUCCGCCGGUUCCUAGCAUUCCAACAACAUUUACUUAUACCCACUUACCUCCACAUUCUGAAGUCUAUUCGGCAGUGUACAAUCAUUUUUCUCAAUCUCAAAGUGUUUGUAUUUAUCCCGAAGGUAUAUCACAUGAUAGCGAGCACAUGAUGACAUUAAAGUAUGGUUGCGCCGUAAUGAGCCUGGGUUACCUAGCAUCAAAGGAACCAGACGCUUUAGGAAGGCCGAGAAAACUAAAACUCGUUCCUUGUGGGUUGAACUUUUUCAAUCGCCACCGAUUUCGAAGUCGAGUCUUCAUCGAAGUAGGGCAAACUAUUGAAAUAAAUGAAGAACUGAUCGAAAUGUAUCGCGCUGGUAAAGAUUCUAAACGUCAAGCUUGUAAAGAACUUCUGAACAUCAUCCAGAAAUCUUUAUCAGAAUUGACUGUCAACGCACCGAGUUAUAACACGCUUUUAUUCUUCAAGACCGCUUCUAGAUUAUACCGUGAAAAAUUACUGCCCCGUAAAUUAGAUUUUUCAGAAAAAUUAGCUUUACUAAGAAGAAUUGCUAAGAAAUAUUCCUCCACGAACCCUCCAUCGGAUGAAGCUCGUACUUUAAAACGGGAUGUUGUUUCAUAUGUUCAAAGACUUCGCGAUCAUCAUUUGUCUCCUCAUCAUACAUCUACGACGCCAAUAUCGUUAUUUGUUUAUCUUCCACUUUUCCUUAUCUUGAUCAUUUUGACUAUUCCUGGUCUGAUAUUAUUCUGUCCAAUUGGUUUGGUUGCCCGAUACGUUGGUAAAAGGCAAGGUGAAAAUGCUAUGUUAUAUGACGACAAUUCUCUUGCCAUCACACGAUGGCCUGGACGAGAUGUCAUUGCCACGUGGAAAAUGAUGACAGGAAUUCCAUUAUUCAUUAUUUUUGACUUUAUUUACUCGAUUUUAACCAUAAAAUUAAUACGAAGGUUUGAUUUAUAUGAGUUUGAUAACAAGGAACAGAUCGUCAUUCUAGGAGCAUGCUUAUUCCUCUUUUUUUGGACAACAGUUGCAUAUGGUACUGUUUUAUUGUGGGAAAGUAUGUGUUGGGUGGGAAAGAAGGUAUGGAUUGGGUUGUGGUGCAUCUUCAAUCCAAAGUAUCGUCAAUCCUUUACUAGAGAGAAAGAAGAGUUGUCUAUUCGAGUGUGGAAGUGGUUAGAAAGUAAUCAGCUAAACAUAACAAAUUAUUCACUUGCAUAA